AUGCCGUAUGACUCGCAUAAUCCGCUCACAGUGGCACUACCUUACAACUUCAUGAGCAGCAAUGACUACCCAACUGAAGUUAUGGCUAAUAGAUUUGUGGCGUGGAGAUCUUUUAUCAAAGAGUUGCUCAACUAUUUUAAAGAAUAUGCAAGUGUUCAGGAGGAGAUUGUACGUCAACAGGCGAGACUUCAGCAGGCAGUUGGGUCCACCGCAAGGUCAAUAGCUACACCAGCUGCUGCCAACCACUCAUCGAAUAUUGGUAACCAAGAUUUAGAGGCUAUUUCAAAGUCAUUUUUGCCCAUAGGGAAUGGUUCAGUCCAAGAUGUCCCAGAUAUUUUGUUCCACUAUCAUCAACAAAAUGUUACCAACUCUUCCAAAACUCUCAAAGAGAUUAACGCUAUUAUAAUCCCAAAGUUGGAAGAGUUGAGAAAAGAUUUACUCGUUAAGAUCAAGGAGAUAAAGAAUUUACAAAAUGAUUUCAAAAACAAUUUGAAUAAAGAACUCAAUGAGACCAAGUCAUUGAUUAGUCAGUACAACCAGGCGAUUGAAUGGGCAAACAAAUUAGAUACCAGUCACAAUUCGCAUCAAGCUGAUGGUGAACAAGGAAAGUACGAUCCAUUCUUAGUGAAAACCAAAUUGGACCGUCAGUUGAAAAGACAAUUGGUGGAAGAAAAUUACCUUUAUGAUGCUUAUUCAAAUUUACAAAAUGCCGGGAAGCAAUUGGAAAGUAUUGUGGUGGCCGAGAUUCAGAAUUACUUGUCUCUGUUUCUCAAAUUGAUUAGAGAAGAAAAUUUGACAUUCUCUAAUUACUUAGAGCCAAACAUAAUCAACGGGUUCUUGUCUAAAGAAACAAACUUUGAAUGGAAUGCGUUCAUUGAAAGGAAUCUACCAUCCAAUAAUCUCAGUGUCAGUGCAGUGGGGAAUCAAACUACAUCUUCAGUCAAGAAUGGUACAUUUAUCGAUUUAGAUAUUCCCAAAAGACAUCUUCAAGACUUUGUCGUACGUAAUGCCGAAUCAAACUUGAAUGUUGCAGUGCGUGAAGGCUACUUGGAGCGUAGGUCCAAGUUUCUCAAGAAUUAUUCAAGUGCUUGGUACGUUUUGACAUGUUCCUUUAUUCAUGAAUUCAAAUCCAAUGAUAGGAAGAAAGACCCUCAUCCAGUGAUGUCAUUGCCUUUGGACUCUUGUACUGUUAGCGAUCAUUCAAAAGAUGAUGGCAAACCAAAUGGGGUAUACAAGUUCAUUUUGACCUCGAAGCUGGCCAAUGCAUUGAUGCACAAAACACAUAAAUGGGUUUUUAGGACAAAUACCUACCAGGACAUGAUUGAUUGGUUCAAUGAUAUCAAAAAAAUGACUAGCUUGCCCACUCCUAUUGCAAGAGCUAGGACCUUGCCCAAUAGACCAAAGAAUGUUGUUUCUGCAGUAAAGGCUGAAUCAAGGGCAUCAUCGAUUCGCUCUCCAACAAGAUCUUUAAGAACUGUCAACACCAACACAUCAAAUUUGCAAAAGACAAGUACUCGAAAUUCGAACCGACCACUUUCACAAACAACGUCAAGUGCUAAUGCAAACAGACUAUCGUCCACUUUCUCCCUGAGAAACAACCAGUCUCCUAGAUUGGCCAAUAUGAUAAAUAGCGAUGGGACUAUAAUCACUCCUGUGGAAACUGAUGACAAUGUCAAGCGAAAUCCCAGUUUAAUGAGUCAUUCAGGACAAGACCAGACGAGUCGGAAUCAAACAAUGCAGCUGCAACCAAACUAUGUGCCACUACCACAAAGUCUGUAUCAACAACAGAUACAACAACAACAACAGCCACCUAGAAGUACACUGCCGAUUAUGAGAUAUCAACAACAACCUUACCAGUUGAUACCUAUGGAAUCAGUUACUGGCGGCGGUAACCCUCAACAAGGUCAAUUUGCAAAUAUUGGCACCCCAUCAAGUAGUGUGCCGUAUUACAUUCCUGGUGGUGCUCAGCCACAGCAGUUUUAUGAUCCUGUGCAACAACAAUACUACACAAUCACUCCAGGUGCACCUGUAAGUCAACAACAAUCACAAAAUGGCCAACAAGUGGCACCGCAACCUCAAUUUUUUCCCACAUCUCCGCGCGGAGCACCUGUGCUGAUUUUGAGUACUUCGCCUGCUGCGCAACCGUUUGGAUCAGCUUACUUUUCGCAAUUUGCUGGUGCCCCGAUGCCGCAAUCACAGCAGCAAGCCCAGCCACAAGCUCAAUCCCAGCCACAAUCACAGCAAGGUCAGCAGGCUAGCCAGAAGAAUAUACAUCCAAUGUAUUUGAAUGGUGAUUUGAGCUCACCUGAUGAGCGUACCAACGAAGGGACUCAAGGCGUUACUCAAACUGGUGACACAUCUCUCCAUCCAAACAUUCAAAGAAACUUGUCAGCUGAUGAGGUUUCUACGUUGAAAAGCGGCCCCAUCGAGCAAGAGCAACGUUCGCAAAUCAAUGCUAACGGUGAUAUCAAUAUCAUUGUGAGUGAUGACAAGUAA